UCAAAAUCGGCAUCGAGCCAAAAAAUAUCAUCAUGGGCUGUUUCGGCAAAAAAUCCAAAAAAUCUUGUCCCCCAUCAUCACCAAAAUGCAAACCAAAACCAACCCAGAAAGCUUGGACACAAGAUGAAUGGAAAAUUCACGGCCACUAUCUGACCCAAUUGUCAGUUCCUAAGAAGGAUUUCGCGCUAGAAAAUUUUUACAAGACCCCGGUUCCACGAAAAGUUCCACUCAACCAGCUGAAACCACGAAUGAACACCCUGGCACAACCGAAAACAAUCAACACACCGCACGCCUGUCAUCUGCCAUCGAGCAAAUGUCACUGCCACGUCGCCGAUCCCAUCCGCGGGAUUCAUCCGGAUGCCAUCCAUUACGUUCCAACCAGAAGAAUCAAAAUGCUAUGCCGACCCAAACUCGACUAUCAUGAAGUGGUUCGUUGUUUUCCCAAAAAGAACGUCAUGUGCGUCAGCAAAAAAAUCCUCCUGCCUCGAUCUAGCUACCGAACGAAAAAAUUAGCGAUGCCAAAGUAUCAGUACCUGUGUGCACCCGAUGCGAAUCCCUUCGGCGUGAAACCGGAAGCACUGUGGGCGGUCGCCACGGACCGAACGUUAGAAUCUGAUCGUGACGUUAUCGCUGUGUGGAAAACAUCACCGGAUCUUUCACCAUCAGCUCAAGUGGUUGGGAGCCCGAGUAAAGUUAAAUAUCAAAAUUUCAUCUUAUUUCCAUCUCAGUUAAUGAUUGUCAAAAUUGACAUCAAAAUUGGCCUCAUUUUGCUGUGCUUUCAUAUUUUUAGUUUCUGAGAUUUUUUGUUUAAAUUGUCAUUAACAAGCGAUUCCAAGAUCUCAAUGAGUCUCCCUGAAAUAAUUAUCUUA